AAUCUGACAUGUUUUAUAAGUGCAUCUCUACUCAGUACUCACCCAACAACUGAAAUCCAUAACUUUGCAGAAACCGAUGGAGAGUAAAGAACACUGCAUGUAGUGUCUUCAGGUUGCUCCAGUUUUGCAAUUGCUCGCAACUGUCAGGUCUUGUUGUAUUUGUGAUGCAUAUGAAGAUACUUGGGAGCAUGCUCUACUUUAUUCUACAAUGUCUAAGUGCACCUGGGCUCUUUGGAUGAAGAUCUCAUGGAGAUGCUUGCAAGCCUGUGAAUCACUGAUCCAAGACAUUGGGGUUUCCAUAUAUGUAACAGCAUGUCAUAAGGUACUUAAUCACUUCACGGGUGGUAUUGUUGGCGCGUCGCAAGGUAUGAGAGCGUUUUGACAUGGACUGAUGCUACUGUCGGGCUUGUUAACUGUAUGCUGCUAGCCUGGAGUUCAUCUAUGAAGAGCAAUUUGCUUCUGGUGAUGGCGGAGCUCUAAAACACAGGAUUAGGGGAUGGAUCUUGCUGGGUCCAGGGGAGGUGAUACUGAACGCUGACACUGCUCUUCUCUGAGGCGAUUCCAUGGCAGCAGACACAGCUGUCUGCUGCGACCAAAAGAGCCUGGUAUAAUGGAAACUCUGGAGACGAACAGGUGGUCUGACAUGAUGUUGAUCCAAGACAUGAAGAACCGUGCACAGGUUGGACAUGGUAGGUAGAGAUACAGAGGUAGCAGCUCCAGCUUAGCAUUGCUCGCUUUUACUCUGGGUGUUGAUGACCAUAUAUGGAAGGCACCGAAUUGCUCCAUGCCCAUGGAGGGUUUAGCCGCCGCCACACAUCAUCCAGCAUCAGUCGGAAAUGAGGAUGCAGAUCUGGGGGGCAGGUCGCAUGAGCAAGCGAAACCAUCGUAACCUUGCUGGUUCCUUGCGAUGUUGUGGCAGAGAUCAUCCUUUGCUUAAACGCGGCCACGAUGGGGAAUGGCGAGAUUGGCCGAACCUGCCGACGAUGCUCCUUGACGAUAUCGCCGGUCGGCUUCUGCUUUACGACGUGGCCGAGUACAUCCGCCUCCGUGCUGCGUGCAAGGAGUGGAGGAACUGCACCGAUGAUCCGCGCGCGGGAGGCGGCCUGGACUGCCGCUUCCGCCCCCGCCGCUGGAUCAUGCUGUCCAACCGCACCGAGGGCGACGGCCGUUGCUUUCUCAACCUCUCCACCGGUGCCAGCGCAUGUAUAGAUCUCCCGGAGCUCUCCCGCCACCACCUUGAGACCAGCACCGAGGGCCUCCUGCUCUUGCGCGGCAAGGCGAGCCAUGCUGUGCGCCUCUUCAACCCACUCACCAGGGCCUUCACCAACCUCCCGUCCAUCACCCCAGACCAUGGCAGGGCGUACAUUGUCUGGACGGGGCUGUUGGAGUCCUCAGAGCGCCUCAUCUACGCCGGCAUCUCUGAAGAGACCUCCCCAGCGUCGGUCGUGCUCCUGAUGAUUGACCGUGGGCGUGCCAUAGUCUACGCCAAGCCUGGCGACCAGCGGUGGGCUGUGGUUGAGCAUGACGAGAUUGGGAGACCCAAUAGCUACGCAUCAUAUCGGUUAUCGUCGGCAUCAACCCUGCAGGGGCGCUUCUACUUUGCAACUCUUGAGGGGAAUGUAAUGCAUGUGAGGCUCUGUCCUGAGCCUCGGUUGGUGCCCGUGGUCGUGAACCAGCCCAAAACCAGGGGCGACGUGUCCUCCUACCUUGUCCCUCCCGACGACCACCGCUGCGGCGACAUGCUCAUGGUGCGCUACUACCUCGACCUUGAUCACCUCAGCGCUGACGAGCGGAAAAUCAUGACACACAGGAGGAAGCGCAUGGAUGUGAUCAGGGUGGAGAACAGGUUGAAGGAGUGCCGGUGGAACCUGAUCCAGGUGUUCAAGGUGGAUGUGGCCUGAAAGAGGCUCGUCCCGGUGGAGGACAUUGGCCGCCACCGCGCGGUGUUUGUUGGGGAGGCGGCAUGCUUCUCCCUCUCUGCCAGGACGUUUCCAUGCGUGGCUGGGAACGCGGUGCACCUGGGGGCGACUGGUGCCCGCUACCCUCCCGUCGGCGUGCGGUAUCUGGCGGACAAGAGUGCGGAUCCACCCUUUGAAUUCACCACUGACGGGCCAGCUUCUCCAGAUGAACCACUGAAAUGGUACCACCGACAUAACAGACCAGAGCUGAAUCUUUUUCUUGACACUGGACCAGAGCUGAAUCUAGUGCCUCUUGCUCGCCCCUGUACCCUGCAAGAGUACCUCGUCUGUUGCGCAGGCCUCCCUGGCGGCCUCAAGGACUAAUCAAAUCCUGAGCAAGUUAGGUAUGUCGUCUGUUCGUUCUUGGAUUCUGUGUUGUUGAGAAGUUUAAACAUCAAUGCUAUAGCUCCUCGGUUCAUUUCUCCUUUGUGUUGCCCCUAAAAAUUGUGAAAGGGGCAAUGAAGUCUAGAAUUAUGCAAUAGCAGUUGUUACCUCUAAAGUUCAAGCUGAUGUAUUCUUCAAAUACUUGCCUCGGUUAAUUUCUCACUUGUGUUGCUCCAGGAAAUUCUGAAAGAUGAGAAUACAAUCCAGUGUAGGAUUAUGCAA